AUGGCACCAAGUUUUAGUAAAAUUACUUCUAGGACAGAUGUAAAAAUCGCAAUUGCUGCUACCGCGGCAUUGAGUGCAUGGCUUAUUAAAAAAUCUAUAAAUUCAAGACAACCAAGAUGUACAAGACCAGGACAGAUUUCACCCGAAGAAAGAGUGCAAUACAUGAUAAAAGAUAAAAACAAAAAAGGACCAAAGGCCCAAGUAGAUGCAAGAUUUUUUGCUGAAUUGAAAGCACUAUGGAAGAUUAUGGUGCCAGAGGUGUGGUCCAAGGAAAGUGGAUUAAUGGUGUUAAUAGCCAUGUCCCUGAUAUCAAGAACAAUGUGUGACUUGUGGUUCAUUCAGCACACAACAUUAAUUGAAGGGUCCAUAAUCGCAAUGAAUCAUAAAGAGUUCAGGCGUCUCUUGACACAGUUCUUCCUUGCUAUGCCCUUGAUAUCGGUGGUUAACAAUGUUCUAAAAUGGAGCAUUGGCGAAGUAAAACUGCGACUUAGGACGAAUCUUUCAUUGUAUCUAUAUCAAAAAUAUUUGAAAGGCUUCACGUACUAUCAAGUGACAAACUUGGACAACCGGAUAGCGAACGCGGACCAACUGCUCACCACCGACGUCGACAAAUUCUGCGAUACGGUGGUCGACCUCUACAGCUACAUCUGCAAACCUAUAUUAGACAUCGGACUCUAUUUGUACAGAUUGACCGUCAACUUGGGACCAUCGACUCCGGGCAUAAUGAUGGCUUAUUUGUUCGUAUCUGGAAUGUUUUUGACGUACCUGAGAAGACCAACUGCUCGCAUGACGGUGCAGGAGCAAAAACUUGAAGGUGAAUACAGAUACGUUAACUCUAGACUCAUCACGAAUUCAGAAGAAAUCGCUUUUUACCAAGGCAACCAUCGCGAACGGCUCACAAUCCUGGCAAGUUUCUACAAGCUGACGCGUCACCUACGAAACUUCCUGCACUUCCGCGUCCUCAUGGGAUUCAUAGACAACAUCAUAGCAAAAUAUAUUGCAAUAACGGUCGGUUUCUACGCUGUUUCAAGACCCUUCUUCGUGAAGGACCACAACUUGCUUACCAACAGCACUGAAAAUGAACGAUUCAAGCACUACUACACGUACGGGCGCAUGCUGGUGAAGAUGGCGGAGGGCAUCGGGCGGCUGGUGCUGUCGGGGCGCGAGCUCAGCCGCCUGGCCGGCCUCACGGCGCGCGUCACGCAGCUCAAGAACGUGCUGGAGGACGUGCACAGCGGCAACUACGAGCGCACCAUGGUGGACCGCACUCUGCAUAACGGAAGCGGACUUGCUCCGAUGGCGCUAAGUCCAGGGGCGGGUCGCAUUAUCUACCAAGACAAGAUCAUCCGCUUUGACAAAGUGCCGCUCGUCACGCCUAAUGGCGACGUGCUGAUCAAGGAGCUCACCUUCGAAGUCAAGUCUGGGAUCAACGUGCUAGUGUGCGGUCCCAACGGGUGCGGCAAGUCGUCGAUGUUCCGGAUGCUGGGCGAGCUGUGGCCGAUCUUCGGCGGCACGCUCACCAAGCCGCCGCGCGGGAAACUCUUCUACGUGCCGCAGCGUCCUUACAUGACCCUCGGAACCUUCCGCGACCAGGUCAUCUACCCCCAAACUCGGGAUGAAAUGAUCCGACGCGGCCGCACUGAUGAAGAACUGAACCGGUUCCUGGAAAUAGUACAGCUUUCGUACCUCACAAACAGAGAGGAUGGAUGGGAUGCUGUUGAAGAUUGGAUGGACGUAUUGUCGGGCGGCGAGAAACAGAGGAUAGCCAUGGCGCGGCUGUUCUACCACGAGCCGCAGUUCGCGAUCCUGGAUGAGUGCACGAGCGCUGUGUCCGUUGAUGUCGAAGGACAAAUGUAUCAGUACUGCCGCGAGAUGGGUAUAUCCUUGUUCACUGUGUCGCAUCGCAAGUCACUGUGGAAGCAUCACGACCACUACCUGCAGAUGGACGGCCGCGGCGGUUACGUGUUCGGAGAGAUCGACAGCGACACGCAGGAGUUCGGCUCCUGA